AAUUGACCCUACCAACAAAAACUCACGGGCAUAUUACUGCACCAAAACAUUAAAGGAUUAUCUACAACUUAUAAAGUGUAAAUUGCCUCUGAUUCUCUUCAUCAUGGACUACUAAAUGCUUCUGUAUUUCUAACUUUGCUGGGAUGUUCUCUACUUAGAACCUUCUAUACUACUACAUCCCCCUCCCAAUGUCUCCUCCCAUGGAUAUAAUGGCUUUCACUCUACUCUUUGCGGUUUUCUUCGGUCAUUCUCUCGGUUUUCUGGCUCAAUCUACGCCGACCAUCAGCUCUCGCAUUACUGUGGUAGGUGCUGUUUACUGUGAUACGUGUCUCAACGACGGUUUUUCAAGACACAGCUACUUCAUUCCAGGUGCUGAUGUACACAUACAAUGCAAAUUCAAUGCAAUAUCCCCCAAAACGGCGGAGAUGAUAUCCUUCAAAGUUAACAGAACAACAGAUAUAUAUGGAGUAUACAAGCUAGAAAUACCUUCUGUAGAUGGGAUAGAUUGUGUGGACGGUCCUCCGAUCCAAUCCUUCUGUCAGGCAAGUUUGCUGGGAAGCUCUUCAGAAGUCUGCAAUAUUCCAGCCCUGAAAGCAACAACAACUGAAGUUUCAGUCAAAUCCAGAAAAGAUAAUCUUUGCGUUUACAGCUUCACUCCCCUGAGUUUCAGACCGAGAAAAAGGGAUGAUACCUUGUGCAGGAAAAAAGCACAUGAAAAAGAAUCAUCAAAUUCUGUUAAAUCCUCCAAGUCCUUGCUUCCGCAUGGUACAAAUCAACAAAUUUCUUCUGUAUUUGAUAUACGCGAUCCAAGAACUUGGACCUCCGUAAUUCCUCUAUUCAAUGCACCAAACCUUCGAAAACAGAAUCCAUAAAGCAGGAUUUUCUGUUUUCUCGGUAUUAAAAAUUAUUGCAAUAUAUUGUUUCCUUGUUAAACAGAUUGAGACUCAAAAUAUGAGUCUAAGAUGUACAGCAGGAAUCUAUGUAUAAAUACUGUAAUUUAUUUGUGUUAAAUCACUACAGCCAAUAUAGCAUAAGCAUUCUUUUAAUCAGAUAUUCACCGAUUCACAA